ACUACACUUAAGUAAGUUCCACUCAGAGAUUCCACAGGGUCUUCUUUUCUCCAAACUCACUACUUUGUUAUCUCUGAAGAGUGUAAACUCUAAGGUAGAGGAAACCAACGGAUAAAGAAGCCAAAGAUGGAUGUAGAAGUGAUGAAAAAGUCACCUUCUCAAUCUGCAAUAAGGCUUUUAGUGCUGGUUGUGUUUCUGGGUUGGAUUUUCAUUUGGAUAAUGGCUCCCACAAACACUUACAAACGAAAAUGGAUGCCUCGGCUUCAAGCAAAGACUCAUUCUAUUUUUGGUGUACAAGGUGCAAUACUUCUGGUUUACACUUCUCCAAUCUUGUUCAUAGCAGUUUUGGGAUGUAUAUACCUUCACAUAGCCGAAAAAGAAAAUGGAUUCAACAUGGAAAGAUGCAUUAAUUAUGGCAAUAAACAUGAGGUAUCCAUAUGGAAGCGUGCAGUGCUCGUGAGAGGCCCUCUUGGCAUAGUUUCUGGCACAGAAUUUGCUUUCUUAUUUAUGUUCAUUGGACUCCUAGUUUGGUCCUUUUCAAUUUAUCUGCACAAUGACUUUGCCAAAAUCACCCACAAAGCAGCAGCAGAACGCGGAGUAAAAGUAUGGGAGAAGAAACUAGAUAGUGCAGCUUUGAGGUUGGGCCUAGUUGGGAACAUAUGUUUAGCAUUCCUGUUUUUUCCAGUGGCUCGUGGUUCCUCAGUGUUGCCACUGCUUGGACUCACAUCAGAGAGUUGCAUCAAAUACCAUAUUUGGCUUGGACACGUGGCCAUGGCCCUUUUCACUACUCAUGGUAUUUGUUUCAUCGUUUAUUGGGCAGUUACUGAUCAACUUUCUAAGAUUCUGGAAUGGAAAAAAAAUGGGAUAUCAAAUGUUGCUGGAGAACUUGCUUUGCUUGCUGGUUUGUUAAUGUGGAUUACAACCAUCCCUCGCAUUAGGAAAAAAGUCUUUGAACUCUUCUUCUACACUCACUACCUCUACAUCCUCUUCAUUGUAUUUUUCAUCUUUCAUGUGGGCAUCUACCCUGCAUGCAUUAUGCUCCCUGGUUUCUACCUCUUCUUAGUCGAUCGUUACCUAAGGAUUUUGCAAUCAAGACGCCAAGUUUGUUUGGUUUCUGCUCGUGUUUUGCCUUGUGAAACUGUAGAGCUCAAUUUCUACAAGAGCCAUGGGUUGACUUAUAAUCCCACAAGUAUUAUGUUCAUAAAUAUACCAAGUAUAUCAAAGCUACAGUGGCAUCCAUUUACCAUUACUUCUAAUAGUAACUUGGAGCCAAAAAUGCUGAGUGUAGUCAUAAAAGGUGAAGGAACUUGGUCCCAGAAGCUCUACCAGAUGCUUUCAACACCUUCUGUAAUAGAUCAUCUCAAUAUCUCUGUUGAAGGUCCUUAUGGACCUUCAUCAACCAAUUAUCUAAGGUAUGACACUAUAGUGAUGGUUAGUGGAGGGAGUGGAAUCACCCCCUUUGUGUCCAUUAUCCGAGAGCUAAUGUAUUUGAGCGCAAAUUUCAGAUACAGAACCCCAAAAGUUAUCCUAAUUUGUGCAUUCAAGAACUCUUCAUAUCUCUCAAUACUAGAUCUUAUCCUUCCAAAUUAUGGUACCCCAUGUGACAGUUCUGAUAUGCAACUACAAGUUGAAGCCUACAUCACAGGAAAGAACGAGCCAAAAUUGGAUAGCCAAAUUCACCUUAAACAAAUAUGGUUCAAACCCAAUGCAAAAGAUGCACCCAUAUCUGCUAUUUUAGGUCCAAACAGUUGGCUGUGGCUCUGUGCUAUAAUCUCAUCCUCAUUCAUAGUUUUCCUUAUCUUAAUCGGGAUGAUUACCAGUUACUAUAUUUUCCCUAUCGAUCAUAAUUCUAAUAAAAUAUUUUCAUACCCUUUGAGGUCUUUCCUCAACAUGUUAGCAAUAUGUGUGUCCAUAGCGAUGGCUGCUAGUGUAGCUGUUCUUUGGAAUACGAAACACAACAACGAAGAAGCAAAGCAGAUUCAGAACAUGGAAGGGUCAUCAUCAUCAGUGUCCCCAGAGUUGAAGAGUGAUAGAGUAGAUAGAGAAAUGGAAAGCCUCCCUCACCAAUCCCUUGUUCAAGCUACGAACGUGCAUUAUGGUGUAAGACCUGAUCUAAGAAGAUUGCUAUUUGAACAUAAAGGGUCAAGUGUGGGAGUUUUUGUUUCUGGACCCAAGAAGAUGAGACAGGAGGUUGCAGCCAUUUGCUCAUCUGAUGUAGCUAAAAAUCUGCAUUUUGAGUCCUUCAGCUUUAACUGGUAG